AUGCAAGAUCGCUUUACGAAGUGGAUUGAGAUCGCCCCGCUGCGGAAGGCUACAGCGACCAACGUGACGAAGGCCUUCACCGACCAAGUAAUCUACCGUCACGGGUGCCCCGAAAGAUUGUUGACCGACAACGGGACCCAACUCAAAUCAGCGCAGCUAGCCAAAGUACUGCAAACCUUUGGCAUCCAACACCGAACGACGCCGCCGUACACGCCGCAGUGCAACCCGGUCGAACGAGCAAACCGGACGAUAAAAACCAUGAUCGCCCAGUACGUAGGGAAGAACCAGAAGGCCUGGGACGAUCAUGUGCCCGCCCUUCGGUACGCUUUCAACACCGCAUGGAAUGAGGCGACCGGGUACACUCCUGCCUACCUCAACCACGGCAGAGAGCUAGCCCGGCCGCACCCUGAAGACCGGCAACACCAGCAGGCCGCCGCAGCACCAGAAACAAUAGAGCGACACUUGGGGGAGGCACACGAGCUCGUACGAAUCCACCUGGCCCGGGCGUUUCAACACCAGGAACGCCACUACAACCUACGGCGACGAAACUGGCAACCACGACUUGCGGAGCUCGUGUGGAGAAGAAACCACGCCCUCUCCAAUAAGGCCGACGCGUUCAACGCGAAAUUAGCUCCGAAGUAUGUGGGGCCCCUAGAGGUACGGCGGAUCGUAUCACCCGUAAUAGUGGACCUCCGGGAUCGACAAGGGCGCUGGCACCGCCACGUCCACGUCCAAGAAUUAAAAGAGCAUCCGGACCAAACCACAAACAACCCGGACGAACCAAGGGCACCGCCCCCAAACAACGCCGCCGUGACGUUGGCCCUGGACGAAGGCGAACGACGACACCGCCGCAAUCGUCAACGGUCAUAUCACGUUGUAAAGUAA